AUGACUAAAGUAAAUGUUACAAACCACAUAACAACUGCGAAUUUUCGUGAAAAUUCAAUUCAUCUUACAGAUCUAACUGAGUGUCCCAUAUGUUGUAAUGGAAUUCAAACGAAUCAAAUAAAACAGAUGUCCUGUUGUGGAACAAAAAUUUGUUUAUCAUGUUUUGUAACUCAUACAGUUACAAAUAUUCGUAGUGGAACGGCAAAAAUUGAGUGUCCAACUUGUUCAGAACAUAUAAACUCAUCGACAAUACUAUAUAAUAGUGAAAUACCAGUAACAGUACGUGAACGUUAUCAAGAAAUUUUAGCUCGAGAUUUAUCCGAAAACUCAAAUAAUUUUAUAAAAUUAUGUCCACAUUGCAAUUUUAUAACCAUACUAGAUGAAGACCAUCCCAUAAUUAAUCGAGAGAAGUCACGUGGUGCAUCAACAGAAUGGAUAUGCUGUGAACAAUGCAGUAAGGAAUGGUGUUGGCCAUGUUAUGCACCAUCACAUCCCGGUAUAACAUGUAGGAAAUAUAAAAAUAGUCAUACAGUACUUGAUAUGUGGGCUCGAAUACGUCGUUCGGAUAAUCAACAACGUAAUGCUCAACGCUGUCCUAAUUGUUCAAUAUAUAUCGAAAAAAUUGAUGGAUGCGAUCAUAUGGCAUGUACAAAAUGUAAUACGAAAUUUUGUUACCGUUGUGGAGGUACAAUGAGAUUGCCUUCUUCUAUUGGACAUGAUGCUAAAUAUUCAUUAUUCGGCUGUAAAUAUAAACUUUGGCCAAAUCAUCCACUAUUACGUUGGCUAGUACGUGGUUCAAUAUUUAUCGGUGUUAUUCUUCUUACGCCAAUUGUACUAGCUGUACUUAUUGCUCUUAUUGCUAUAGCAAUUCCAAUCGUUCUUGCGAUUGCUUUUUUCGCUAUACCGAUAUAUGCGUGUAUUCAAUGUUACAAAUAUGCAUAA